CUCAGGCUGUGGUUACCGUUCUUGAGGUAUAAGAACCGUCGAUCUGCACAGAGUGGCAUCAGUGUCUCUUCUCAGAGUCCCGAGCUACCUGCAGCAGAGAACCAUGAGGCUGAUUGUGGUUCUGGCUGUGACGCUGGCCCUGGCGGCUGCCGCUGAGGACAAGGAGGAUCACGACACCGCUCCAUCGUCAGUCAGUGAGGACCAGGAUACAGAGGCCAACAGAUACUAUUCACAGGGAGCCGGCUUCGGACGUGGUUAUCCUGGCCAGUACGGCGGACGUCGUGGUUACUAUGGCAACGGCCGUGGCAGCCGAGGAUACGGACGCAGUAUGAACGGAUACAACAACGACUAUGGCUUCGGUAACGGCGCCUACCGCGGCUACGGAAAUCGUGGAAUGUACGGCGGCUACGACCGGUCUCCCUACGGCUACGGCAGCCGCGGCUACGGCAGCCGCGGCUACGGCGGGCUCGGCAGGCGCGGUGGAUCCUACGGCGGCUACGGCGGCUACGGCCGGCAGUACGGCGGGAUGGGUGCGUUCGGGGGACGUGCUGGGGCGUACGGCGGCGGCUACAGUGGGGGAUACUAUUGAGGCUCCCGUGUCUACAGCACGAAUCACACGAACCACAUCUUGAAAGGCAUUGUUUAAGUCUAUCAUGUUCUAUCAUUGGUUAUCUCUUUGUGACAGCGUCAUUGGCUGCACUUGCGUACGAAAGUGCAAACACGACUUAAUGCCAUUGCAUGAUUCGCGUUAGCAUGAUGCAAGUACGUAUGGAAAUACAUUUCUAAUGCACGAA